GUUGCCUAGGAGACCCAGAGUAACUCCAGCGGUGCAGCUGGCGCGCUGAGGCUAUGGCCACGUUAGCCCGGUUGCAAGCUCGGUCGACGACUGUAGCACAUCAGUACUACUACAGGAACAGCGUUGUGGAUGUAUUUCGAAAAAAGGAGAAUGAUGCAGCAGUUAAAAUCCAGAGCUGGUUUCGAGGAUGUCAAGUUCGAGCAUAUAUCAGGUACUUACACAGAGUAGCAACAAUUAUUCAGAAACGAUGGAGAGGUUACUUAGGCAGACAACAUUAUCAACUAAUUGUGAAGUUAGCAUAUUACACUAUGAAGAUGAAUCUCUACAAUGCAAUGGCUGUCAGGAUUCAGAGGCGAUGGCGAGGCUAUAAGAUUCGGAAAUACUGCUUUAAUUAUUUUUAUUUGAAGGAGUACCUGAAAGCUGUUUCAGAGACCAAUGAUGCAGUUAGGAAGGCUCUGGAGGAGUUUGCAGAGAUUAAAGAAAGGGAAGAGAAGAAGGCCGACCUGGAAAGGGAGGAGAAGAAAAGAGAUUACCAAGCCCGAAAGAUGCAUUACCUCCUCAGCACAAAGCAGAUUCCAGGUAUAUACAACUCACCUUUCAGAAAAGAUCCUGAUCCAUGGGAGUUGCGGUUACAGCAGGCAAAGCCUUUAACACACCGAAGACCUAAAGUGAAGCCGAAGCACUCCGUCAGCCUUAGCAGCUGGCUGGCUUGCACAAGUGCCCGGUCCUUUCCUCGGUCCGGAAUUCUGCCACCCAUUGAUAGGAAACGAUGUCAGGGACCCUUCCGCGAUGUCUCUGAAGUGUGGGAACAGCGCUACAAGCCUCUGGAACCGACGCUGCGAGUGGCUGAACCGAUGGAUGGGCUAAAUGAGGCCAGAGCACAGCUCCAGAGACAGGAAUGGACGCGAAAUGUGAAUGACAAUAUGUUUUUGCCAUUUUCUUCCUACCAUAAAAAUAAAAAGUACAUCCCGACAAUGCAUUUAUCAAGCAAGUAUGGUCCUGAUGCUUAUGGAAGUCAACAUUUCCGAGAUGAAAAUCCUAAGAAAUGGAUCUGUGACAAGGAUUUCCAAACUGUAUUGCCAUCAUUUGAUCUCUUCUCAAAGUACGGAAAAUUGUAUUCAAAAGCUGGACAAAUUGUAUAAA